GCGUCAGUAUCACAUCCUGUCUCCCGUGUCAAGCUGCACUAUUCCAGUCUUGACAUUGCGAAGAUGGAGGCUAUUAGGGUUUAAACCCAGGCAAUAACCUGGAGCACAAACUGCGCAUUUCGGAGACCUGCUAUGACAUCCCCAUUUGGCCCAGGUGUGAGUAUGAGGUGCGAGUAGAAGAGCAGCAAACGCCGGCACCAUGUACUCAGAGUGGCGCUCGCUGCAGCUGGUGGUGCAAAGCGACCAGGGCCACCUCAGUGUCCUGCAUUCCUACCCCACCAAUGUGGGCACCGAGGUGGCCAAUGCUGUGGUCAAGCCGCUCUGCACGGCUGUCAGCCCUGUCGCCACCGAGAACAUCCUCAAGACGGACAAGGAGGUGAAAUGGACCAUGGAGGUGCUGUGUUACGGCCUCACCCUUCCCCUCGAGGGUGACACUGUCAAGCUGUGUGUUGAUGUGUACACGGACUGGAUGAUGGCCCUGGUGUCACCCAGGGACUCCAUGCCUCAGCCUGUGGUCAAAGAGCCAAAUCUGUAUGUGCAGACCAUCCUGAAACAUCUCCACAAUGUCUUUGUGCCAAGGCCUGACCAGCACAGCUUGAAUCAUAUCAGGCUAUGCCAGCAAGUCCUGACUGCUGUCCAAAAACUAGCACGAGAAUCUCUUUGUAUGGUGAGGGAGACCUGGGAGGUGCUGCUACUCUUCUUGCUUCGUAUUAAUGACACCUUGCUUGCUCCGCCCACCGUUGGAGUGGGCGUGGCAGAGAAACUAGCAGAAAAGUUAAUGGCCGUGCUGUUUGAGGUGUGGCUUCUGGCGUGCGCCCGCUGCUUUCCCACGCCGCCAUACUGGAAAACGGCGAAGGAGAUGCUGGCCAACUGGAGACAUCAUCCACCAGUUGUAGAGCAGUGGAGCCGCGUAGCCUGUGCCCUCACCUCCAGACUUCUGCGCUUCACCCAUGGGCCCGCCUUCCCAGCUUUUAAAGUUCCUGAUGAGGAUGCCAACCUGAUCCCUUUAGAGAUGGACAAUGACUGUGUGGCACAGGCGUGGUAUCGUUUUCUCCACAUGCUCAGCAAUCCAGUGGACCUGAGCAACCCGGCGAUAGUGAGCACCACUCCCAAGUUCCAAGAACAAUUUCUCAACUCCAGCAGCAUCCCGCACGAGGUGGUUCUUCAUCCCUGUCUCAAGCAACUGCCCCAGAUUUUCUUCAGGGCCAUGAGGGGGGUCAGCUGCCUUGUCGAUGCCUUCCUUGGUGUCUCAGUUGAAAAGAGAGAUGUGCGGGAGAGGGUGUUCUCUUUUUGUCCGGUGCUGCGUUCCCAUGGCAUAUCCCGUCCUCGAGCUGACAGUGCCCCGCCCACCCCAGUCAACAGAAUGAGCAUGUCUCCACCUCCCUCCAUUGCCAACACCACGCCCCCUCACAGCCGCAAACAGCGGCACACGGUUGUCACCAAAACCACAAGCAAGAGUUCUACUGGUAGUGCGAGUCAACCACCAAAAGCAUCGCAGCAGCAGCAACAGACAUCUUCGUCACCGACCCUGCUGUCCAGCCCAAACCAGAGCAGUUGGGAGUCGCGGCCGCUCCCUGCUCCGGCGCGGCCAAAGGUCAACAGCAUCCUCAACUUGUUUGGCCAAUGGUUGUUCGACGCCGCCUUGGUGCACUGUAAACUCCACAGCGGCCUCAGCCGAGACCCCAGCAUGACUGCCUCUUUUAUCCAAAUUCUCCUUUCUUAUAAAUCUUCAAUAGCUACGCAAGUAGGACUGGAGCUGAGAAGGAAAGGUUCCCAAAUGUCCAGCGACUCAAUGGUGUCCAAUCCCAUGUUUGAUGCAAACGAGUUUCCGGAGAGCUAUGAGGCAGGCCGGGCUGAGGCCUGUGGUACUCUCUGCCGCAUCUUCUGUAGCAAGAAAACCAGUGAAGAAAUUCUGCCUGUUUACCUCUCCAGGUUCUACAUGGUGCUGAUUCAAGGUCUCCAGAUCUCUGAUUUCAUCUGUAGACCUGUCCUGGCCUCCAUCAUUCUUAAUUCUUCCUCUCUCUUCUGCACUGACCUGAAGGGCAUCAAUGUGGUUGUGCCAUACUUCAUAGCGGCUUUGGAGACUAUUGUACCAGACAGGGAGCUGUCCAAAUUCAAGAUGUAUGUAAAUCCCACCGAUCUGAGGAGAGCCUCCAUUAAUAUUCUGCUGGCAAUGCUGCCACUGCCUCAUCACUUUGGCAACAUCAAAUCGGAGGUUCUUUUGGAGGGCAAGUUUAACGAGGAAGACGGAUCGCCGCACGACCAGCCUGUGUCUUUUUUGUCCCUGAGGCUGCGUCUCGUCAAUGUUUUGAUCGGAGCCCUGCAGACAGAGACCGACCCUGCCAACACACAGCUCAUCUUGGGUGCAAUGCUAAAUAUUGUUCAAGACUCUGCACUGUUGGAGUCCAUAGGCACACAGACUGAAACAGGAAGCAUAGAUGGCAGUCACGUGACAGUGAGAAACCAGAGUCAUAGCAGAAAUAACAGUGGCAUUAGCUUCAGCAGUGGGGGCAGCACGGAGGCAACCAGCCCAGAUUGUGAACGUCCUGCCCAAGCACUCCUUCGAGACUAUGCUAACGUGGUUAAAGUGGUAUGCAGAGUUAAGAGCCGUUGGAUAAAAUAUCUUUCUCUUCCAGAUACAGCGGCAGGCCUGUUGGUGCGUAGCAUCCACCUGGUCACUCAGAGGCUCAAUUCCCAAUGGAGGCAAGACAUGAGCAUUUCACUAGCUGCCCUGGAACUCCUGGCUGGCCUUGCCAAGGUCAAGGUGGGGGUUGACUCCGCGGAUCGUAAACGGGCCGUCAGCUCUAUAUGCGGGUACAUUGUGUACCAGUGUAGCCGUCCAGCUCCUCUUCAGUCCAGGGACCUUCACUCCAUGAUUGUAGCUGCCUUCCAGUUUCUUUGUGUGUGGCUCACUGAGCACCCUGACAUGCUGGAUGAAAAGGAUUGUCUGGUUGAAGUAUUGGAGAUAGUGGAGCUGGGAAUUUCUGGCAGCAAGUCCCGUCAGGAACAGGAAGUGCGACACAAAGGGGAGAAGGAACACAACCCCGCUUCAAUGAGGGUGAAAGAUGCAGCUGAGGCCACGCUAUCAUGUAUCAUGCAGGUCCUGGGAGCUUUCCCCUCUCCGAGUGGGCCUGCGUCCACUUGCAGUCUGCUCAACGAAGACACCCUAAUUCGCUACGCACGACUCAGCGCCACCGGGGCCAGUAACUUCCGCUACUUUGUCUUGGACAACUCGGUUAUUCUUGCCAUGUUGGAGCAACCUCUCGGCAAUGAGCAGAACCCCAGCCCGUCUGUUACAAUUCUGAUCCGAGGGACGGCAGGCAGGCAUGCAUGGACCAUGCAGCUCUUCCACCAGCCCAGAGGUGCUCGGGCCAGUCAAAGGCAGGUAUUUGUUCCCGAGGGCCGUCCAACACCAAACAACGAUGUCGGGAUCAAAUACAACGUCAAGCAGAGGCCGUUCCCUGAGGAGGUGGACAAGAUCCCCCUUGUUAAAGCCGACGUUAGCAUUCCUGACCUGGAUGACAUUGUUAGCAAAGAGGAGUGUUGUAUUGAUUGGCAGGAAGAUCUGAGUGCUACAGAUAUGCCGAGUUAUUUUCAACACCUGGAAGUUCAACACGACAAGCUUCGCAUUCUGAUGACCAAGCAAAUAGAUUAUGAGAAUACGUUGGAGCGGCACGGUGAUGACAUCUGGAAGUCCAAGCCUUUCCCUGACCCACAGAUAGACUGCAAACCUCCUCCGCCUUCGCAGGAGUUCCAGACAGCUCGCCUCUUCCUCUCCCACUUUGGUUUUCUUUCUCUGGAGGCGCUCAAGGAGCCCAACAACAGUCGUCUACCUCCUCAUCUGAUCGGCUUGGAGUCAUCCUUGCCGGGAUUCUUUGAUGACAUCAACUACCUAGACCUGCUCCCCUGCCGCCCAUUUGACACAGUCUUUGUUUUCUACAUGAGGGCUGGACAGAAGAGCAGCCACGAGAUCCUGAGGAAUGUGGAAUCAUCCGCUAGCGUUCAGCCCCACUUUUUGGAGUUUCUUCUGUCCUUAGGCUGGCCUGUGGACGUAGGAAGUCACCCAGGGUGGACAGGACACCUCGAUACGAGCUGGUCCCUCAACUCGUGCUCCGACAAUGACGUACAACAGACUGAAGAAGCAGCUACUCCCGAGGACACGGGAGGUGCAGUGUUCAACGGGGAAAAGAAAGUUUUGUACUACGCAGAUGCUCUGACUGAAAUUGCCUUUGUUGUCCCGUCGCUAAUGGAACAUUCUGAGGAGUCAUCGGUCCACAGUGACUGCACACUGGAGGCCGACACCAACAUGGACCUUAUGCCCAGUAUACUCAAACAGCCGAAUCUCACACUGGAGUUGUUCCCUAAUCACUCGGACAACCUGGAGUCUGUCAAAAAGCUGAGUCCUUUGGUGAAGACCAAGAGGUCUUCAAGCGGAAAAUCGUUCCCACCACUGGGCCCAGAGACAAAGGUGUUUGUCGUCUGGGUGGAACGAUUCGAUGAUAUCGAAAAUUUCCCAUUGUCUGAUCUUCUUGGUGAAACCAGCACAGGUUUAGAAGCAAGCAUGAGCAACAGCACCUCCUGCAGAUCAGGGUUACUCGAGAAGGACGUUCCACUGAUCUUCAUCCAUCCUCUCAAGACGGGCCUCUUUCGGAUCCGACUGCAUGGCGCUGUGGGCAAAUUUAGUAUGGUGAUCCCUCUGGUGGAUGGCAUGGUGGUCAGCCGCAGGGCGCUAGGCUUUCUGGUGCGCCAAACCAUCAUCAACGUGUGCCGACGAAAACGCCUAGAAAGUGACUCGUACAACCCGCCGCACGUGAGGCGGAAGCAAAGAAUCACGGAGAUUGUGCAGCGUUAUCGCAACAAGCAACUGGAGCCUGAAUUUUACACCUCCCUCUUCCAUGAGGUGGGAGAAGGGAAGCCUCACCUCUAACACAGUCCCUGCCCUGCCCUGUCUUAACACUGGCUCACAAGUGCACACAUAUACACAUUAACACACAUGACACACACAUAUGUAUGCUAUAUGUGCAUAAGUCAUCCACAACACAGAAUCUUUAUAUUUAUACUGUUCAACUUUCUUAUUUAUAUGAAUCCAUAUAUCAACACUGUCUAACUUGAGAGUGAAGUGUGAGAUAAAGGCUUCAUUUCGAGGUCACAACAGUUCAUUGAUGGUGUGAACGGCCAUGACUGUCAUUUCAUUCGGAGGCCGUUUACAUGUGACUUUAUUUUUUAUUUUUAACUGAACAGACACGGCAAUGUUUUGUUGUUUGAGCCCGAAAAGAUAGCACUAAUGUAACUAAAGUCUUGGCAUAAUCCCACUUACCAUUUCAGUGUGAAAAUGGUGGUCCGUGAAAUGAGAGGACAUACACGUUUGUUUGUGUGCUGCUGGGUGGGCAUUCACAAGUAUGUGAUUCAUGCUCGGGGUGGGAAUCACACUUCCUCAAGAUACAAUCUAUUGCCAGUGGUAGUGAUUGUGUAAAAAUACAGUGAUUUUUCUUAUAUCGCAAGAAAACCGAUCACUAUCUAUAAGGCACGUGGAGUUAUGAUGUAAGUGUGUCAGUACAGUAUAGAGCGAUAAUGAUCGUUUGCCCCACAAUAAAAAUACAGGUUGCAAAGAUCUGUAAAAAUUUUGGAAAGUAUUGUAAUAUGCAUGCCAGGCCACUAGUCAGCAGUGUUGCUUCAUUCCACCCUUGGUUUAGCAGCCAUGUCCUUCAUUUUUACAAACUACCAUUUCUCUUUCUAAUGCUACAGUGUUAACAAACAUCCACUUUUUUCCCACACCUCCUAUAGCUUUACAGCGUUUUGCAUUUCCAGGCUCAAAAACAAAAACUCACCCCACCCUCCCCCAAACAUUUGAAACUGAAACAGUAAAAUGCCCUUUCGAUUUCUGCUUUUGCAACAAUUUGUUCUCAUGCGCAACUGCAAUACAAAAACGUAACGGGCAUCCUAGAAAUGUUCUUUCCGCUUGCCACGUUGUGGUUUUCUUGUGGCCCCCACGCACUUGUCCCAACACACAUUUCCAAAGACAGGUGGUGGACUCUUCGCCAAGGUGGAAACAUGAAAUGUUUCCGAAUCUGCUGAUACGGCAUUUCAUCAACACACUAAAGUCUUCCUUGUGCACACCGGUGGCCAUGGCAGCAGCUCACUUGCACACAUAUUGGUUUUGAAUGAUUGUUUUUAAUGGGUGGCGGUGGUUUACUUUUAUUAUAUGGAAGUCGUUUUAUACUUGCCUAAACCGGCCCGGCUCUCAAGCCACUGCUGGGUGCCUGUGCUUCUUGCGUGUGUGUAUGCUUCUCUAGCCAGUCAAACCAACCUAGAUAAGCGUGCCCCCCCCCCCCCCCCACCCCCCAAACGCUCCAUCAGAGGCAUUUAAAGAUAACACUGUCACUUUAAAGAAUGAAAUCAUACAAUCCCGUCUGUGAUGCUUGCCUGUCGUGAUCAGAGUUCAGUGCAAAGAUAUAUACUGUCUCUUAGUUUUAUUAAGGAGUUUUAAUGAGAUAAAGUCCGAGUAUUACUAGAGAAAAAAUAUCUUGCCACUUAACUCCUAAUAGUAGGACACAAGUCACAAUUGUACAAUAUUUUUCCUAUCUAAGAAUGGUAUGUGAAGCCGUGGCCUUCUGAGGAUCAUGGCAACUUUCCCAAGCAAUGAAAUGGUGCGUUUGUAACGAGGACGCAAAGGCACGCUAUUACCCAAAGAUGACGUGGACGGUCAGAGAGAGAGCGACACCUCUAAAUGUUGCGUUCACAGUUUGGAGGGAAUUCUGGAAUUCACUAGUUAUAAUUCAUUCUUGUAACAAUAACAAUAUCUGAAGAAAUAUGACUUAGAACCCUUUAUGCAUUUCACGGAAGUCCCUAAAAUGAACCACAGCAGUUUGUGUGUCAUGCUUUGGCGAUUAAUUUAUUGGCUCAAGCAUUACAGCGUUAUUUCUAUACAUAUCAAAACGUCUGGCUGCAUAGAUCUAAUUUUUUACAUUCUAAGUAAAGACAAGUGUGCAGUUUUGUCCACACGUUAACUCCCACAAUUGUUUUGUGUUCAGUCACUGUAAUUUUGGUUCAAGGCCCCUCUCACUGCCUUGACUGUAACAAAUGUGAUCUUAUUUAUCACAAACGUGGAACAAGGCGAGUCUAUUUUGUUCUGUUUGGAAAGUCUUAAUGCACUGAGCACAUUCUAUGUUUAUUUUCUUAAUCCCUAUUGGUUACCUGAACAUUUCGCUGGCUUUUUUUUUUUUUUUUUUUUGUACCUUUUUUGAGCAAGUGUCUAUUUGCAAAGAAACCCCUGCUGAAGAAAGAGUUUUAUGGCGUGAAAAUGUAAAUGAAGUGGCGCCAUGGACUUUUUAACUUAUCUAAUUGUUUGUGACUCACUUUUUACUACGGUGCUUUAUGCACAUGCCUUUUAUGGGAAGGAGAAAAAUACCCUUUUAAAUCUGCUCGGAGGAAAGCCCACAAACAAUCGAGAUGUCCCAACUUGUAUCCUGUUCUUCACUGGUUGAUCGUAUUUAAGGACUUUUACCAUGUACAGACACGAUGAAGGAUGAAUUGUAAAUAUACUAUAGCAGAAGGCAUUUACAAGUUGUCUGUUGCAUUCCUCACUUCAGGUGGGGAGACGGGUUGUGUAUGUUUUUGUGUGGGAGAAGUGCCGAAUGUAACAUGCACCCAUUAAAGCUAUUAUUGAUAUUUUCA